AAUGGCUGAGUAAGGCGCUCGCUGAUUGGCCGGCUGGGCGCUGUGUGAGCGUAGUGACGGAAAGGGGGCAAAUGGCGGAGGGAUGUUCCCGGGCCCUGUUUGAAUAAUAACAGCCGGAUAUAUCUUCUCGGUUUUCUUUUUCUUUUUGCCGUGCCGUGCUGUGCCGCGCCUGUCUGCCGGGGAGCGGAGGAGGAGCCGGGCACGCCUCUGUGGAGACCGGCCGCCGGUGGAGUGUGAGACGCCGAGCUCUUGAGUGGAGCCCAGGGGAUUAGAGCGUAGAAUAUGAAACAGGCUUCAACAUGACAUCCAGAUUUGGGAAAACGUACAGCCGCAAGGGAGGAAAUGGAAGCUCUAAGUUUGAUGAAGUGUUCUCCAAUAAACGAACCACUCUUAGCACAAAAUGGGGAGAGACCACAUUUGUGGCCAAAGUAGGACAGAAGAGACCGAAUCACAAACCAGAAGUUGCCGAUCUCCCAAAGAGACCCAGAGUUGACGAGGACGAGGACAAUGCAGAGGAUCCAUUUGGAUUUGACAGUGAUGAAGAUUCCAAGCCAGUGUCAUCAAAAAGCAUCUCCCAGUCUAAGAGUGUCUCUCAGCAGCCCUCAGAACAUCUAGGUGCAGCAGGAUCGGAGAAUGUCACCCCUGUGUUAGAGGCAAACAGCAGAACGGAUCAUCCCAUCGCUUCAGAGUCCACAGUGUCAUACAAGUGCAUAUCUUUUGACAGUGCAUUACAUGGAUUGAAAGAAAAAAAUGCAAACAAGAUCACUGAGGUCAAUAAAAAGCAUCUAAGCUCGCCUAAGAAAACCUUCACAGGUAAUGCACAGAGUUUCACGGAAGAUAAAAAUAGUUUCACUAUUAAAAAGAGUGACUAUGAUUACCAGAAAACUUUUGAUACGUUACAUUUUGGGGUUUCCACAAAAUCUUGCAAUAGCCGAAAACCUGUGGAAUCGAUCCUCUCUAGUUUCACCGAUGACACGGAUGACUGGGAUUUUGCACCUGUACAGAAAUCAGAUUCUCCGGUUCAGAACGAACAAACUAGAGACCCACUGAAUCUUGAACUGUUUGAGUUUGAUGAUCUGACUGAGGAGAACUCAGAAACGCCUGACCUUGAAUUGAGUUUGUGUGCGAGUAGUCCUAUAGUUGAAAGUCCUAAGGCUGAAGAUGACUGCAUCCAAAUGACAGAACAACCCUUUAACCCUGAUGAGCAGAUGAGUGAAGAUGUUCUCCAAGGUGGUGUGAAACUUGGUAACUGUAGGACAUACUGUAGGUCUAGCAAAGCAAGAUCUGCAUGUGGUUCCUCAAACUUUGAUAAACUGUUAGAUGGUGCGAUUUAUAACACAGGCAGAUCUCACAAUGCGACAGACAAGACAAAUGCUGUGAAUAAAAGCAGUGGUCCCAGACCCACUGGUCGGACUAGAGAUUUCACAGUUCUCCACCCAUCAUGUUUAUCUGUAUGUAAUGUCACCAUACAGGACAGCAUGGAUCGGAGUAUAGAUGAGUUUACCACAAGCCCUUCUACAGAUUUAGGGGAGGCAGGACGUCUUAGAAAGAAAGCUGAUCUUGCAACAGCAAAAACCACCACAAGGUUUCGCCCUGGUAAUACCAAAUCUAAAAAGGAUGCCAAAUUGGAGUUUUUUGGAUUUGAUGACCAGGAUGAAGGAGCUGGUGGUGAUGAUGGGUCUAACCCUUUUGGGCAAUCAAGCUACAGAAUUAAAUACUUUGGAUUUGAUGACUUGAGUGAAAGUGAUGAUGAGGACGAAGAUGAAUGGUAUCAAAAAGAAAGGAAAUUGAAAAAGAAGACCAAGAAUACAUUGAUGUCGUCAGAGUCCAGUGCAUCUAGCUUAGGAGGCAGUACAAAUAUGCAGAGUGUACAGUCUGUAAAUAAUUAUGACUCCAUGGAAGAUCCAUACGCUGUACCUGAAGUUUUUAAAAAACCUGCUAGCAGACAAGGAGAUAAAAAUAAAGAUGGCGCCCGAAAAAUAUUUAGUGCACCAAAGCGGUCUCCAACAAAAGCUGUCUAUAAUGCACGCCACUGGAACCAACCCGAAGCGGAGGAACUUCCUUCUCUACCGGUCUUGAAAGCUCAGUCUGCACCGACAAAGCCAUCUGAAACUUCUUCAGCUCCAAAGGAUGAUGGUGUUUUCAAAGCACCAGCUCCUCCUCCUAAAGUUAUCAAGACUGUGACGAUCCCAACACAGCCGUAUCAAGACAUGGUAACUGCGCUGAAAUGCAGGAAGGAGCACAAAGAGCUGUACACAGUUGUUCAGCAUGUGAAGCACUUCAAUGAUGUGGUAGAGUUUGGCGAAAAUCAGGAGUUUACAGAUGACAUUGAGUACCUGCUGAGCGGAUUGAAGAGUAAUCAGCCCAUAAACACAAGAUGCCUUAGUGUUAUCAGCUUGGCGACAAAGUGUGCAAUGCCAAGUUUCCGAAUGCACCUGCGAGCACAUGGAAUGGUAGCCAUGGUCUUUAAAACACUGGAUGACAGUCAGCAUCACCCGAAUCUAGCACUUUGUACUGCUGCGCUUAUGUACAUAUUAAGCCGAGACCGCUUAAACAUGGACCUCGACCGAGCUAGUUUAGACCUUAUGAUCCGACUUUUAGAAAUGGAGCAAGAUACCACCUCCAGACAUAUGAAUGAGAAAGAUAUGAACAAAAUAAAAGAGAAAAUCAGGAAGCUGUGUGAAACCGUCCACAACAAACAUCUAGACCUGGAAAAUAUUACGAGUGGCCAUUUAGCUAUGGAGACUUUGUUAUCUUUGACUUCCAAGCGUGCAGGAGAUUGGUUUAAAGAGGAACUUCGACUUUUAGGUGGACUGGAUCAUAUUGUAGAUAAAGUUAAAGAGUGUGCAAAUCAUCUUGACAAUGAAGAAAAUGAAGAAAAACUAGUCGCGUAUUUGUGGGGAGCUGAAAGAUGCUUACGCGUUUUGGAGAGUGUCACAGUGCACAAUCCGGAAAACCAGAGCUACUUAAUAGCAUACAAAGAUUCCCAGCUCAUUGCAUCUUCAGCAAAAGCUCUUAGACACUGUGAGGAGUUCAUUCAGCGAUACAACAGAGCUGAAGAGAGCAUCUGCAUUCCUUACAAUAAGCCACUUGUAUACCACAGUGCGGGAGGCCACGUUGGCAAGGCUGUGGAAGACUGUAUGAGAGCCAUCAUUGGCGUGCUGCUCAAUUUAACAAAUGACAAUGAAUGGGGCAGUACAAAGACUGGUGAGCAGGACAAUCUGAUAAGCACUGCAAUGAACUGUGUUCUUCAAGUUCCAAAGUACCUACCUCAAGAACAGAGAUUUGACAUUAGAGUUUUGGGAUUAGGUUUGUUAAUCAAUUUGGUGGAAUACAGCGCUAGAAAUCGGCACUGCCUUGUAAACAUGCAAACAAUACAAUCCUACGAUUCAUUUAGUGGGGAUGAAGAGGAGUUCUCUGUGGAAAUUAGGUACAUUGGUGCAGUGCACGCGUUGGUUCAGCUUUUCCUGGAGCGGGAGAAAGCUGCCCUGUUAGCGGAAAGUCAAACAGAUGAGCUGAUCAAAGAAGUCCCCACAGCGCAGCAGGACAAGAGUGGUGAAUGGAAGGAAACCAGCGGAGAGAUCCAGUGGGUCUCAGCGGAAAAGAGCCCAAACUCAGAGGAACCUCCAAAGAAGGAAGAGGAGGAGGAAGAACUUGACCUUAAUAAAGCCCUCCAGCAUGCCGGCAAGCACAUGGAAGACUGCAUUGUUGCCUCUUACACAGCUUUGCUUUUGGGCUGCCUCUGUCAGGAAAGUCCGAUCAAUGUGACUACUGUGCGGAGCCAUUUACCCAAUGGAGACUUCUCAAUAAUGACUGAAAUGCUGAAGAAGUUUCUCAGUUUCAUGAAUCUUACAUGUGCAGUGGGAACAACAGGGCAGAAGUCAAUCUCCAGAGUCAUUGAGUAUUUGGAACACUGCUAGUAUUUCUCAGCUGUGAUCUUUGGAGCAAAAGCCUACGGCAGGAAAAUAAAAUCAAGUUUGUACCAGUUUCAUGAAGUAUGUCUUUGGGUUUUUUGUAAAUA